ACAUAAGAGACAACUAACACUCAAUAUACAGAGAGAGAGUAUCAGGGGAUUUAGAAGAGGAAGAGGGAAUGGCAACUGGAGCAGUUUACAGGAUGUUUGAUGGAUGCAUAGCUGCGAAUGACAAAGACAUCCAGUGGAGGCCAUACCACCGCAACUGUGGCUGUGCGCUACACAAGUUGAAAGGUGGCAGUUCCCAUGCCUGUUCCCAACCAAGGAACAUAGCUUUCCCAAAGAAACAAUGGCAAAGUUAUUGUUCCUUGUCAAUAGAAGCUUCUACAUUCUCUUCUCAAUCGUCCCCUCUUCCUGUUGAUCUCUCAUUGCUCAGAAAACAUUGAAGAAAUGAAUGAAGGCUUGGUGCAUAGAUUACAGGUUAGAUAAUGUUUCAAUUUUUACUCCCAAAAUUCUGAUUCUGUAAAUUCAGUAAAUAACAAUGUAAUUA